AUUUGUGCAGUGGGAAAGAUUCAAUAUUAUUUUAAGCAAGAUGCGUUUUGAUCUGGGUGCACAAGAAUCUUCUGGACUUGCAGAGGAAAAAAGUGACGACGAACAAGAGUCGUCUUCGGAGUCCAGCUCUGGAAAUAGUAGCAGCUCGUCUUCAUCGUCGUCAAGCUCAAGCUCAUCCGAUUCGGAAGGCGAAGGAGCAGAAGGAGAUGGGGAGUUACCUGCAAACAUGCCGAGACCGGAUCCAGCUCUGUCGAAUUCUGCAACCAGGGAUGAUCAGAAUACUCCUACCGGUAGUGACGUUGAUGAGCCGGCUGCGGUGGAAUCUUCCCCCAAGCCGGCAACGCCUCAACCUUCAGGAAAUGAGGAAGAUGUAGAAAUGCGGAGUGAUCCAGCUCGUUCUCGCAGUAAUUCGUCAGAAAAAGAAGUCGCCGGUGGAGAAAAAAGUGACAGUGAUGCUGAAAUGAACAGCGGCGGAGAAGAGGAAAGCAGCAAGAAGAUCGCAUCUGAGCGUGGUUCUGAUGAAGAAGACGAUGACAAGAAAGUUACGUCGAAAGAUCUAUUCGGAGCUGAUGCUUCUGACAACGAUUCUGACUCGUCCGGAUCAAUUAAACAAGUCAAGCGGAAAAGGAUUGCUUCUAGUGAUAGUAGUAGUGCGGGAAGUGAGAAAGCUGCUGACGAAAGCCAAGCUCAAGGAGAAAUUUCUGUUAAGGAUAUUCUCGGUGACGUUAGCUCCGAUGAGGAGGAUGAGAAUGAUUCUGCUAAAAGGUCGCCAGUCCGUGGAGACGAUGACGAUUUGGAGGAUUACCGUCGUUCACCGAAACGCGGUGAUGAUGAGGAUCGUGAUCCGGAAGAUGGUGAAGAUAACAUAGAAAGGGGAGAUCAGCCAGAAGAGGAAGAACAACCGGAACAACAGUCUGAAGCUCGGAUCGAAGCAGAAAUUCCGCGCAUUGCAGCCGAUCUCGGCAAAGAAUUUUUCUACGUCCGUUUUCCCAAUUUCCUUUCCGUCGAUCCGAAGCCGUUUGAUCGCGAAACAUACGAAGACGAGAUCGACGAAGAAGAAACUCAGGACGAAGAAGGUCGUGCGAGGUUGAAACUGAAGGUUGAGAACACGAUUCGUUGGCGUUAUGGAUUUGACGAGGAACAAAAUACUGUGAAAGAGAGUAAUGCUCGAAUCGUGAAGUGGUCCGAUGGUAGCAUGUCCUUGUAUUUAGGCUCUGAAAUCUUCGAUGUCUACAAGCAACCGCUUCAGAACGACAUGAACCAUUUGUUCGUCCGCCAAGGCACUGGUUUGAUGGGACAAGCAGUGUUCAGAAGCAAGCUGAGCUUCAGACCGCAUUCCACCGACUCAUUCACGCAUCGCAAAAUCACCCUUUCCCUCGCUGAUCGUUCCCAGAAGACCCAGAAAAUCAAGAUCAUCUCUGAAGUCGGCAUGGAUCCGGAAGCGAAUCGCUACGAGAAAAUCAAGCGCGAGGAAGAAAAGCUCCGAUUCGCAUUUCGCCGCGAGCAAAAGAAGAAACGGGUUCGUGAGCGAGGAGCUGCAGGAGGCAAAGGACUUACUGCGGGAUAUCUCGAAGGCGGCGGUGAAACUGAUGAGGAAGAGGAAGGUGUUUCACUCACCGCCAUUAAGAACAAGUUCAAAGAGAAAGCCAAGGCCGGAGCGAUUUAUUCUUCGGAUGACUCUGAUAGUGACAUUGACAAGCCGAAACAGAGACGCGUCCAGCGGGCAGUUUCCGAUAGCGAGGACGAGAAGAGUGACAAGGGUAGUGUGAAGCGUGGAGGCUCUGGUUCCGAUUCUGAUGCCAAAUCAGCAGCAUCGAAGGAAUCCAAGAAAUCCAGUUCGAAGGGAUCCAAAAAAUCCUCUGGAUCAGACUCAUCAUCGUCGUCGAGUAGCAAAUCCUCCUCAUCUUCGUCGGGGUCAUCCUCGGAGGGCGAGGGUCAAGCCGAAGGCGAGGGUGCGGCGGAAAAGUCCGGUUCUGAUUCUGGUUGAGGAGAAAGUCGAGUUGAUUUUGUGAAGAUUGGAAGGUUUGUGAAUACAAUGGUUUUUGUUCAUAUGAAA